AUGGAUUUGGAUGGCUUCGAACAAGCAGCAAACGCGACGACCUUUUCGCUACCAAAGCUGCCGGUGGCCAAGGAAGCGUUGAGAUACAUCGACAGCCAAUGGUAUACCUUGACGAGCAGGCGCGGACGAUGGAUGGACUUGAUUGGAGACUAUGCCGGGAGCGAGCUGUUCGUUCUCGAUGGUGAAGCGUUGUUGCAAGAGGUUCUGAACGACCCGUUACUUGCUCUAGGGCGGGAUGCUCAGCCUAGCUUUCAAAUCUUACACGCCGUGUACUCUCUUGAGCGAAUGCUGAAUGAGUUCAAGAUACGCUGUGCAACAUUUGAGAUCGUAUUCUGGCAUGACAACCGGCAUCUGACGAUACAGACAGGCCAAUCGGAAUACGUGCAUACGUCCAGGAACUUGGCUCGCGUGAUGUUGUUCAAACACCUGAGACAUCUUGAUACACCGGUACAUACAUUUGAGAACCUGCAGGACCCGGAAUGGUCGAGAUAUCAACGCAUGACGAAACCGAUGUUCGUGAUGACGAAUGACGGAGGACUCGUCGAUCGCGACCCAGAUGACGAGUUGCUCCAGGCCGAAGCUUUGCUCGUCCAGCGCGCAUUCAUGUUCGACCUUCUGGCCCAGGGUACCACGGUAGCACUUCUCCAUGGUGCGGAGUACCGAGACUCGAAGAUCAUGACGUUCAUCUACGAGCAACGUCACGACCCGAAAGCGCGAAGCGGACUCCCUAGGGCGUUGUGGGCUGCAAGCAGCGCGGCGGCGAAGGCAUUGGAAGCGCGUGAAUCCCAUGUGCGGCAUGGUCUUCCGGUUCUUCCCUUGGCCACCUUUGCGCCGCAGAGCCUACCAGCGCCUUCCGAGAAAUGGCUAGCCAUGGUCUUGAAGAGGAUGUCGUCUGCGCUGGACCUUCGCCGAGCGGGGAUGGCGGAACUACUGUACGCCUUCGCUGCGCACCUCCUCGUCGUUCCUGCACUUUCUGUCCAGCAACGGGCACAGAAGCUCGAGGCCUUACACCCUGAGCUGAGCGAGAUGCUCGUCGGCGAUUUCUUGUCGACGGCGUUCCUCGCUCUGGAGAGUGUUUUGACUCGCAGCUCUCCCGAUGUUGAUGGCCAUGUAUAUGUCGCCUUCUUGAACUUCGCCAUGACACAUACUGAGCUGUCGCCUUCCGCACUUCUUGGUGAUGCGGUCGGCUCGCGCCUGGCUACCCUGUGGUCGUCUGCCGGCCUUGGCGAAUGCGACUUUGCUGCCUUUGGCGCCCGCUUUCCCCGCCCUGUUCAAUCACCAGAAGGUACCGAGAGCGCGCCAACGGUGCAGGCACUCCUCCCGUUUAGCAACAGUGUCUUUGACGAUCACCUCGCUGCCGUCUGUGUCGAUGUUGAAGCCGAGGAUCCACCCGAGCUCAGAGGUCACCUCGACUUCAACACGAUCUUCAACGACGUGUAUCACUGGCAUAAUCACAAGCGCGCUAUCUUGCCUGCGCAUUUGGGUGGAGAGGCGUACCAGCCGAUGGAUGCUGUUCAGCGCUACAAGGCGCUGCGUCGCUCUCAGCAUUUCAUGGCCUCUAUGGAACGCCAGGCGCAGACCUUGACGGGAGUGUUUGGUAUACCGCUCGAGCGCAUGCUCAUCCUGCCAGUCGGUUCCCAGGCACGACGACAAGCUCCGCGUACCAUACAGGCAAAGCCGCCAGUUCAGCAGUCGAAGAAGGGAAAGAAAGAGCACGUAUCUUCCGCGGACAAGAUCCGACUGGCAAACAAUGAGAAGAAGCAGACCAAGAUGGACGACUCGAACGUGCCAUGGUGGAAGGAGCAGCUCGAGACCGUUGCUUCCAUGUCUACGUCCGAGCAGAUCAGCCACAUUGACAAUAUCCAGCGGAACAGGCGGACGUCCGAGGGCUGGCUUGCGGUGGAAGUGCGUCUCUUCCGUAUACACCUGGAGUUCCUCCGUUGGAUCGAUGAUGAUAAACGCGACACCGCGGCCGUGCGAGACAGGAAUACCGUCGCGAUCUUGCGGAUGGUCAAGGAUACGUAUCAGCAGCCCAACCUUUUCCCCGUCGCAGCCGAUAUCCUCGACAUGUGUCUUGGCGUUAUCGGCUUGUCGUCUGUGAUCAGCGAUCUGAAGGCAUCGCCGCCUGGGCGAGCGGACGUCGACCGGGCACUGGCUUUCAAGUUUGUCAGACUGGUGAAGUCAAAGACCAAGUCGGCCAUGCACAAGUUCAUGCGCAUUGCGAAGAUCCUGUCCAUGGAUAGCCAGUAUGAUCCUAGGGUCCCUUUCAAGCCUGACGCCUGGCAACGGAAUGUCCUUGACUGCUUGGACGACAAUCAGUCUGUUCUUGUCGUUGCGCCGACCAGUGCUGGCAAGACUUUCAUCUCGUACUAUGCUAUGGAGCAAGUACUCAGGCAGUCAGACGAAGGCAUCCUAGUAUACGUCGCACCAACGAAGGCUCUCGUCAAUCAGAUCGCCGCGGAGGUGUAUGCCCGGUAUAGGAAGGAACUCAGAGGACGGAGCUGUUGGGCCAUACAUACCAGGGACUACCGGAUACACGAUCCUCAGAAGUGCCAGAUUCUUGUCACCGUGCCAGAGAUGCUCGCGAUCAUGCUCCUCUCGCCUCCUCUGGCUCGCAUAUGGACCCCUCAUAUCAAACGGAUCAUCCUGGACGAAAUUCACUGCAUAGGACAACAAGAAGGCGGCGCUGUAUGGGAGCAGAUUCUACUCUUCGCGCCGUGCCCGAUAAUUGGACUUUCCGCUACCAUCGGACAUCCUGAAGAAUUCAACAACUGGCUGAAGUCCGUUCAAGAGGCUCAUCAUUUCAAGCACACCUUCAUUCACCAUCCGCAUCGGUACUCACACCUUCGCAAAUUUGCAUAUAUCAUGCAAGACGAGUCACCCGCGACAUUCAAAGGCUUUGUCAACUACAAGAACACCGGUCGUACACGAUUCCUGCAUCCUGUCUCCCUGCUUUCGUUUGGCGCACAUGAGAUCCCACCUGACUUCUCUCUUGAAGCAGCAGAUUGUCUCUCGCUAUACGAGGCCCUGCGUGAUGUUCUGCGCUAUGAAGCUGAUCUGAAGAAGAUCGUUGAUCAACUUAUCGCCACGGAGGACCAACAAGACGACCGCUCAGUCAUGAACAAGGUCAUCGGGCACCUCGUCGAUCCGGUUGUGAAGACGGUCGAUCAUCAUGCGAUUCCUAGCCGUCGCCAGUUCAUGGACAACCUCAUCUAUCUUGUAUCCGACUUGCAUGCAAACGGUGAUCUGCCCGCCAUUCUUUUCAAUUUUGAUCGGAGGGCAUGCGAAACGAUGUGUGAAAGACUACUGGUGGAGCUGAUCAAGGCCGAGAAACAAUGGAGGGAAACUAGCCCCGAGUGGCGACGGCAGAUGGCCCAGUGGGAAAUGUGGAAGAUCCAGUCUGCGGCACGCAAACGCCAGUCAGAGAAACAGGCGCGACAAAAGCAUCGGGCGGAUGACGUCGACGAUGAUAUGCAGUCGGAGAGCACAACUUUGGAGAGCUCGUUCGAUCCCCAAGACCCGUCCCCUCAGUUCUCAUUUGCCAGUAAAUCGUCUACGUAUUCGAAGGCCGAUCUAGAGAAGGAGCUGCGUUCACUAGAGCGAUGGUCAUCUGUCCCAAAGUGGGCGCUGGACGCGUUGCGCAGGGGGGUCGGCGUGCAUCACUCCGGUAUGAAUAAGCGUUACAGAACGCUGGUGGAGAGUUUGUUUCGGCUAGGUGUUGUUCGAGUUGUGAUUGCCACGGGAACAUUGGCUCUCGGAAUCAACGCACCUGCGAGAACCUCCGUCUUCUGCGGUGACUCGCCCUUCCUGACGGCACUAAUGUUUCGUCAAUGCGCCGGUCGGGCUGGUAGACGAGGGUUUGAUCUCCUCGGGAAAGUCGUCUUCUAUGGCGUCGCCAUAGACAGGUGCCAGCGACUAGUCUUGUCAAGGCUACCAUCUCUCGGAGGAAACUUCCCGCUCACUUCGACCAUGGUCCUGCGGCUCUUCAACCUGCUGCAAGGAUCCGACUACGCUCCCAUCGCUGAACAGGCUGUCGUCAGCAUUCUCACCCUACCACACAUCGGAUUUCGAUCUAACAUUGGCAACGAGCAAAUAGUCCAUUUCAUGCGCUUCAGCAUCGAUUACUUGCGUCGAGCGAGUCUGCUGGACGCCCAAGGCAACCCCAUCAAUCUGUUUGGAAUUGCAUCGCAUCUCUACUACACUGAACCAGGGAAUCUUGCUCUGAUUGCCCUUAUUCGCCACGGGGUUGUUCACCGGAUAUGCUGCCAGUCAGAUCAGGCCUCUGCCAAGCGAGAACUGCUGCUCCUGCUAUGUCAUCUAUUUGGUCGUCGAUAUCUCCCCAGGAUCUAUGCGACGGACGAGAACCUCCAGCAGGUUAUCAAGAAAUCUCCAUCCAUGGUCAUACUUCCGCCCUUGCCAGACGAUGCGAAGAACAUCCUUAACGCUCACGACUCGGAUAUUCUGUCUAUCUUCACAAGCUACGCUUUGGCAUAUGCCACACAAUACGGCGAUGCCUUGGGCCCAGAUUCCAGGCUGCCGUUGAGCGACAUCGAAAGCGCCUCCGGCUCACCUUCUCCGUUCAUCGAGCGCCUCGAUCGAUGUGCGGUAAGACCUAUUGCUAGGUCAUCGUUUAUCGCCAACUCCGGGCACGCUGACCACUACCAGACCGUGGAAGAACUCACCCGGAGCAGCCGAGAUGGACUUCACCUCAACCAGUACGCCAUUCCGUCCAUGCGCCUCUUCACGGCACAUUCGACCCCUGAGGAUCAGAGCUAUAUGCUCAAUGCCUACAUCCUUGAUUUCUAUAUUCACGGGCAGCCCGCGGCACUCAAAUCAGCAAACGCAAUACGGGACAAUGAUAUGUGGUAUCUGCUUGACGACUUCACAUUGACAUUGAAGUCCAUCAGAGCCGGUCUUGGACAGCUAUUAUGGCAGGCAUCCGUUGAGCCUACCGGUGCAGGCGAAGAUGACGGUGACGAUUCACCCCAAGAUGCAGACGUGGCAAACAAGAUCAAGGCAGCGGAGGAUGAAGAUGUCGCAAAAGAGGGACUAGCUGCGGAGGGGGACAGUGAUUCAGAGGAUGAAGGACUGGAGAAGGAACUCGCUCGUCCGACGGGGAUUUCUGACCAAGAUUGGGCUGUCUACAAACUGGUGCACGCACUGACAACGGAGUUUGAGGAGAAGUUCCGUGCGAUAUGGGCAUAA